CACACAUACUCAAUUUUUUUUUUUUUUUGAAUAUGCAUACAUAUAAAUUAUCGAUCAUUGUCGCACUACCUAUUGUCAUCGGUGUAGAUUUUAUAAUGUUUUAAUAAAGAGAAUUUGUUUUUACAGGAAAUCGAUCCAUGUUGGUUCAGAGGUAACUAUAUAUAUAUAUAUAUAUACGAAUGUGAAUAUUUCUUUUGAGAAAUCUACUCUGCUUGAUUUUUUUUUGUUACCAGAGAUAUACAAAUAAUAAAAAUGUUUUUAUUUAAUAAGCGUGUCUUUUGCAUUAAUUCAUUCCAAGUACCAUGUGAGAUUCGAGUCUUUUUUUUUCAAAUCGUAUAUAUUAUUGCCCUUUGCUUCGCCGAGAUCCACGAGUUCCGUUUCGCAAAAAAAAACUGCGCCGACAGCGAAAUAUUCAGCCGCGGGAAAGCGUUUCUGCGUAUUUCCGGCAUUCAAAAGACUGUUUACCAUCGGUUGCUGUCUGUUCAGUGUAUUGUAUAUAUACGCGCAUAUAUAUGCGAUAUACAUUUUACCGUAUAUAUAACCUCAAAAACGACGAUUUGAGUUUGGUGUCGCGUCGUUUUUGAUUGUCCGGAUGAAAUGUACUCGCUACAGUAAAUUUACUUAAAACGAGACUCGAAUAAUUUUAUCAUAGUAUCUUAAUUUGUCGUGCAAAUAACAAGAAAGUCAUUCUACCUCGGAAUCCCACAAAGCUCAUACGCUAUUGAUAUUCUUUGGAAGUAUGGAUCCAGAAUUUUUGUCACGGCUCAUCCCACAGAGUAAGGAACAAGCCAGACCCGCUUGCAGAAAAUGCGGUUACGCCGGCCACUUGACGUAUCAGUGCAGAAACUUUAUAAAAGUAGAUCCGAACAAAGAAAUAGUUUUGGAUGUUAGCAGUACAAGCUCGGACAGCGACGAGGAAUACGUUACACCAUUGACGGAGCUCCGUGAAAAAGAACUCGAAUUAAGGAAGUCCCUGAAAACCGCUGAAAAGCAAAAGAGUAAAAGAGCCUCUAAAAAAACAAAGAAGCGCAAAGAAGAGAGAUCGAGAAGCUCGAGUGAUUCGGAGAGCGGGAGCACGGAUAGCCACGAGGAGGAGAAGAGAAGCAAAAACAAACGAAAGAAAAGGAAGAAAAAGUCUAAGAGCAAAAAGCACAAAAAGCAUAAAAAGACAACCUCGGAUUCGAGCGACUGAAUCGAUAUUAAUUGAAAGAAAAAGGUAAUUCUGAAAAUAGAUGUAGCGAUAAUGGGAAUAACAACCGGCUCUAGAUUUUUCAGUGCAUUAUAAAAAGUAAUUUCAUAUUUUUUGAUAACUUAACAAAUAUUUAAAGAAAUUGUAUCGGAGUUUCUAGUUUUCUCCAUCGACGCUGUCGAACUCUGGAAUGACGUUGUUAAACAUAUCCCGUGUGAAAGAUGUAAUUUUUUUGUAUUCAUACUUUACGAAUAAAGUAAUAAUACUCUAUUUUCGAAA